UGAGCGUUGUGUGGCCCCACCCCGUCUCUCUAAAAGCGCUGUCUAUCUGUUCAAUGUAGGCUACUAUUCUCGGAGAGAGAAAGCAAGAGAGAAAGGGAGAAAAUAAUAACCUCCAAGAAUCGGGUAUUCCCGUCUUUCACCUUCCUCGACCAGCGGCCAGGAGGGGAGCGGCCUUCACGGGAUUCAUCGGAGUCGAGCCAGAAAUUAAGAAAAAAAAGUCUAUCGGUGCGCAGUUUUGGAGGCUUGGUGGUGAUGUGAGGGGCUGAUAACACAUUUCAGCAACAAAAGCGAGGGGCAGAGAGAGAGAAGGCCCUUUGGAGGAGAAAACGGCAAGGAACAGCCAUCACAUAUAAGGAGGACAAAUCGGAGGGGGGAUACUGGAUCAUUUCGGAUUUGGAGGUGGCGAGGGAUCAAGACGAAAAGACAACCGCAGUGAGUUUGGGGCUGAUUUGAUGCAGAGAAUGAAAAAGAGCCGGAUGACGACGGAAGAAGCGAGAAUGCCACACAUGUAGCUCGUUUGGGUGUAAAUAUUAUUUUUCUUACAGCUGUCCUGCUGGGUCCCCGACGAAGACAGCCGUCGGGGAGACAGAAAAAUAGAUAUAGAGUCUAAGUAUACACCCAUGGAAAUGUUUGUCAUGAAAAGCGACGUGGUAACGAGCGGCGCUACAGCACAGGCGAGCUUUGCGGACACGCCGAGUUCGGCUCCUUGUCACGGGCAGCUGUGAGACGCAAGACCCGGGCUUUUGGAGAUGCAAAUUAGGCUGUUUUUUCUGCCUCCGUUUGAGGUGAACCGCCGUUUUUGGGUCUUAUAGCGGACAUUGUGGAUUACAAGUCUUUAUCUUACACGGCUGAAGGGGGGGAAGAGUUUGGACAAACGAAACACAAACUACUGCAUAUAAAAGGGAAAAGCCCGAGCCGGAUUCAGCAAACUGAGAAGGCGGCCUCCGUGUCGUCAGCAACAGUAUCCUGCCCUUUCUCUGACAGCAAAAUACGCGUUACGGACUCUAAAUCUCUACAGAGGGGCGCCACGGACCUUAAACGGUGUAAAUGUGGGUAACGUUGCUGCCAAAUCCGCGGGUCAAACGAGGCAUCUAGACUAGUUUAUCUGAUUUAUUUUUCUUUCUACAUUACCCCCCCACCUUCCCUUCCCCUCCACCACUACCACCUCCUCCUCUACUUCUUCUGCCACCACCUCUUCCUCCUCCCCUGGACCCCCUUUUUUCUUUUUUCUUGCGGGAAGAUGGGUUGUUUGGGCAACAGUAAGACCGAAGACCAGAGAAAUGAGGAGAAGGCUCAAAGAGAAGCAAACAAAAAGAUAGAGAAGCAGCUCCAAAAGGACAAACAGAUCUACAGAGCAACACACAGACUACUACUUCUAGGAGCUGGAGAGUCGGGAAAGAGCACCAUAGUGAAACAGAUGAGGAUCCUACAUGUCAACGGCUUCAAUGCAGAAGAGAAGAAGCAGAAAAUCCAGGACAUUAAGAAUAAUAUUAAAGAGGCUAUCGAGACCAUAGUAACAGCUAUGAGUACCCUAACCCCACCUGUCCAGUUGGCAUGUCCUGAAAACCAGUACCGGAUUGAAUACAUCCUCAACUUUGUCAAUCAGAAGGACUUUGAUUUUCCAUCUGAGUUUUACGAUCACGCAAAGACACUGUGGCAAGACGAAGGCGUCCGGGCUUGCUAUGAGAGAUCCAAUGAGUACCAGCUAAUCGACUGUGCACAGUACUUUCUAGACAAGAUUGACAUUGUGAAACAGAGUGACUACACUCCAACAGAUCAGGAUUUGCUGAGGUGCAGAGUACUGACUUCAGGGAUCUUUGAGACGAGAUUCCAAGUGGACAAAGUUAAUUUCCAUAUGUUUGAUGUCGGCGGUCAAAGGGAUGAGCGCAGGAAAUGGAUUCAGUGCUUUAAUGACGUAACAGCCAUCAUCUUUGUGGUGGCCAGUAGCAGUUACAACAUGGUGAUCCGAGAGGACAAUCAGACCAACCGUUUACAGGAGGCCCUCAACCUCUUCAAGAAUAUCUGGAACAACAGGUGGCUGCGGACCAUUUCUGUCAUCUUGUUCCUAAAUAAACAGGACCUGCUUGCAGAGAAGGUGUUGGCAGGGAAGUCCAAAAUCGAAGAAUACUUCCCGGAAUUUGCUCGCUACACCACACCUGAUGAUGCGACGCCAGAACCUGGAGAAGAUCCGCGUGUUACAAGGGCAAAGUACUUCAUCAGAGAUGAGUUCCUGAGGAUCAGCACAGCAAGUGGAGAUGGAAGGCACUACUGUUACCCCCAUUUCACCUGCGCCGUCGACACAGAGAACAUCCGCCGUGUCUUUAAUGACUGUCGAGACAUCAUCCAGCGGAUGCACCUGCGGCAGUACGAGCUGUUGUGAUGGGAGAGGAAAGGUGUUAGGCCAAAAAGAUAAACCAGAUCGGACUAUGGAAGACGAAAAAGAAAUCCCUGAACCUGCGUCUCUGAACUCUUCUGCAGAAGUAUGAGAGCUCUUGUGACACAACAGGGGCCAAAACACACACGCACUUAUAGUAAACACGCCGUGAACCCAGAACUUCCCCUGAUGCAGAAUUUUUGACGGAUGGGUUUGAGGGGCUUACACAUAAAACAGACUUCAGUCUUGACUUUCAGCCAUACUCCCAGCUCCUCACCUUUCGACAUUAUGUUAUCGUCACAUUACCUUCACCUUCCUAAAAACAAAAAAAGUGGCCCAGUCCGGACUGAGUUUCCUGCAGCGAGGGUUGGAGCUGCAGCUUGAGUUUUGUUCCCUUUUUUUUUUUUUUUUUUUUUUUUUUUUCUUCUCUCCCCUGAUUGGGCUGAAAACUAAGAGCUACUACUUCAGUGUAAUUGGGAAAGAGAUGAAUUACUGCAAAUGGAGAAUGAAUAUAUCACAGCAGAUCAACUGAACACUGUAUUUAAGAGAGACAGAAAAAACAAAAAAAACAAGCACUGUGCUCAGGACUUUGACUCAAACCAUGUACACCAAACCUUCCUUUCACUUAGAGACAUCUUUAAAUCCAGUGGCUCUGCUUGCGCACACACAACAUAUCUCACCUGCUUUUUACUGGACUGCACAACAGGGGGUCAAUCUGGCAACGCACGUACCUGCUCACGUUUCGUUGAGAUGCUGGCUAAUUUAUCUGGGUCGGUGCUUUUUGAGAUUAAACGGGCGAAGCCGAGCCAAGAGGAGCAGCGUUACCACAGACUUAACCAGACCACGGGUGUGUUGGUGAGACUUCACUUGAGCAGGUGUUCACUAAAACGGGAUGGGAGCCAACUGCGAUUUGAAUUUCUCUGAUGGGAGGUGUUGGCCGUGAUUGACCGGGGCGCCAGUGGCUUCUCUACAGAACUGUUUUGCCACCUGACUUUGCCUUGUUGGUAUCGGAGCAUCACGUGAGGAGGAUAUAUUGAGUUUAAAACAAAAAGAACCAGAAAUGCCAACUUCUAUGGAACUUUCAAUGGAGGGCGACGGGCAUCCUUCAACAGUACAGUACCAUAUAAGUUAAAGAGAACUCUCAUCCUGUUAUACUGUCUCCACAGCUGUUUUUGUCUGUGUAGACUUUUGUGCCAUUGUGCCCUGUGCGCCCUUUCUUUAUCUCAACUCUUUGUCAUCCUUUUGUCACCCGUUCUCUACACGUUCUCCAUCUUUCGCCCACCCUCUUCACCGCCACCUUUUCCAUUUGCACUUUUACCUUCCUGGCAGUGCUCUUUCGUUUUAAAGAGAAAAUAAGAUAUAUUAAUCUUGGAAUAUUAAAAACACAACAAAAUGGGACUUUAUUUUUUCUGCCCCCACCUGUGUGCUCGCACCUCCCUGCCAUUCCUCCCUCCACCAUUCCUCCUCUCCUCCCUUGUAUGUCUGUCUUUACUUUACUGCUGAACUAUUAUUCUUGUACAGACUGUAAAAUGUAUUAUUUUGUACAACUUUAUUGAGGAAAAAAUAACUUUUAGAAGAUCCCUGUGCCUUGAUCACGACUGUACGUGUGUAAUGAGCUAAAGUGGGUGUCAUACUGCGCUGUAUAGCUUGGCCAAUCCUCUCCCUGCCUCCCUCGCUCUUACCUUCUCUCCCUUUCUUUAUCCCCACCUCUCUCUUUCUCAAGCUAAUUCUUUCUCCUCUCCUUUCCUUGGAGAUGGUGGAUGACCAUUUGUAGCUUUAGUAGUGUUUUGUUUUUUGGGGUUGUUGGGUUUUUUGUUUGGGUUUUUUUUUUUUUUUUUUUUUCCC